UGUCAGCUAGCCAAAGUUGCCAAUUUGCUAAUGAAAGGUGGUCAUUAUAUUGAGUAACUAGUGAGAGAAUGCUACUUCUUGUAAUUAGUGAGCUGCCUGACGAUAACAGUUAGCGUUAAUGUAUUAAUGAAUCAGGUCACUUAACAGAAACCCGUAAAGUUAAUGUGAAACAGUAAAAGAAUCUUUAGUUUAGUUUCUUUAUUUUACAGGUCACGUUUCAUUGAGGACCUAAGUGAUUACAACCUGUCUUGGAGCACUGACCUAUCCUUUUAGUUGAUUUUACUAUUUUAUAUAAAAUUGGUAGAUUUUAGUUUUAAUUUGGAUGUCUUCAUUCCUCUCAGAAUCCACAACGUCCCUACAUGGUUAGUGCAAAUCAGACGUACGAUUGAAUCAGCUGUCAAAACUCAAAACAGCUGACAUGAUGGAUGAAACCACCGCAUCUGUGGAUAGAUCCAGAGAGACAAACAAGACCUACAUAAUCUCAGACCCCUCGAAAGAAAAUGACUCAAGUAUAAGACUUACUCUCCAAAGGAGAACAACUGAGAAUAAAGACACGGGGAAAGGCGAAAAUUCGGACACAUCAAACGCUGAAAAUCUAAUUCAGGCCCCUCAAAAGAGAUUGACUUUGAAACGCAGAACAAGAUCAGUGGACAAAACGCCAAACACUGCUCGGGCAAAAGCAAGUCACCCAGGGCCUGGUGGUGCCGUAUCGCGAAAGUCCAAAAUCCUUUCAGAACCGAACAGUCGCACACCUCGUGCUUCAAAUGUAUUGCGCUCAGGUAGCGUCCGAGACAUUGUGUUUAAAACCCCAGCGAAGGAUACUAUAGUAGGUCGAAGAAACCCUCCUGCUCAAGUUAUUGAACGGGCACCUAAGUUAACUACUAAAAUGGAUAUUUCAAAGUCAGACUAUCAGAGCAAUACAGUUUCAACCCCGACCAAAACAACACAAUUUGGCAAACUUAGUGUGAAGAAAGAGGUCUUCGAGCGCUUGGCCGGGAGGGACGCCAACAAGAGUGUGUCAACCAAGUCUGGAAGUUUGGAGAGACACAUGACGCCCUCGCAGGUGACUUCAGCUUGUGGAAGACCCGGUGCACCAAGGCCAAUCAACAGGUUGCCAAUCUGCAGUCAGAAUAGAAUGCCGCUGAACACCCCACGCACAACACAGGCCACCAAAUCCGUGACCGCUAGCAGUUCAAGAGCUUCGAAGUCUAGGGCGUCCGCAGAAACGCCACCUGUUAUCGAGUCUGCCUCUCAAGUUACUCAGCUCUCACAGGAUUCCUUCAAGAUGGAAAACAGCGCAGUGGCUGUGGCUGUCAGAAUGAGGCCUUUCAGUAGCAGAGAACAGAAGGAGAAGGCUACCCAAGUCAUCUUCAUGGAUAAUCAGGAAACUGUUGUUCAUCACCCUGACUCCAAGCGAUUCACAUUUUCAUUUGACUUCUCUUUCGGCUCCAUCGAUGAGAAGGAUCCUGAUUUUGCCAGCCAACAAAUAGUGUAUGAAAAAUUAGCCAAACCUCUCCUAGAAAGAGCCUUUGAGGGUUUUAACACUUGUCUUUUUGCCUAUGGCCAAACAGGAUCUGGAAAGUCAUACACCAUGAUGGGGUUUGGAGAGGAGGUUGGGGUGACACCAAGAUUUUGUGAGGAACUUUUUUCCAGGCUGCCAACGAAUCACAAUAAAGAGAUCACUUGUCAUUUGGAGAUGAGCUACUUUGAGGUGUACAAUGAAAAAAUCCACGAUUUGCUCAUUGUGAAGGAUGAACAAAACCAGAAAAGGUUGCCGCUAAGAGUUCGUGAACAUCCCAUUCAUGGACCUUAUGUUGCUGACCUUUCCACAAAUGUGGUGAGCUCCUAUGCAGACAUUCAGGGUUGGCUUGAGCUGGGCAAUAAACAGCGAGCCACUGCAGCCACUGGCAUGAAUGACAAGAGCUCCAGGUCUCACUCAGUCUUCACUCUGACUCUGACUCAGACCAAGACAGAGUUAGUGGAGGGAGAACAGCAUGACCACACCAUCACCAGCCGAAUAAACCUGGUGGAUCUGGCUGGCAGUGAGCGCUGCUCCUCUGCCCAAACCAGUGGAGACCGACUACGGGAGGGAGCCAGCAUCAACAAGUCUCUGCUGACCCUGGGAAAGGUCAUCUCUGCGCUGUCCGAACAGGCCCAGACCAGGAAAAAGGUCUUCACCCCUUACAGGGAGUCAGUCCUCACGUGGUUGCUGAAGGAGAGCCUGGGAGGGAACUCGAAGACGGCCAUGAUCGCCACGCUGAGUCCGGCCGCCAGCAACGUAGAGGAGAGCCUGAGCACGCUGCGCUAUGCUCAGCAGGCCCGCAUGAUCAUCAACGUGGCCAAGGUCAACGAAGACACCAACGCCAAACUCAUCAGAGAGCUGAAAGCGGAGGUGGAGAAACUCAAGUUGGCCCAAACGGGCUUGCGGGGCAUCGAACCGGAGAAGAUGCGGCUAUUCCAGCAGGAGAUUGUAGCCCUGAAGAUGCAGCUUACUCAGCAGGACAGAGAGAUGGCUGAGGUUCACCGUGCCUGGCGAGAGAAGCUGGAACAGGCUGAAAAACGGAAAAAAGAAGAGGCCAAAGAGCUACAGCGGGCGGGCAGCACCUUUAAGGUAGACAACCGGCUCCCCAACCUCGUCAACCUGAAUGAAGACCCUCAACUGUCAGAGAUGCUCUUAUAUAUGAUCAAGGAGGGACAGACCAAGGUCGGCCGGCUGAAGUCCGAAACCGCCCACGACAUCCAGCUGUCUGGGGCACUCAUUGCAGAUAAGCACUGUGUCAUUUCCAAUGUAAAUGGAACAGUCAGCAUCUUGCCUAUGGAGAAUGCCAAGACCUUCGUGAAUGGGAACCUUGUGUCCGAAUCCACUGUCCUUCAGCAUGGCGACAGGGUGAUCCUCGGCGGCGAUCACUACUUCCGCUUCAACCACCCCACAGAGGUGCAGAGUGGGAAGCGUGUCUCCUGCUGGUCCAGUGCUGGCGAUGGCCACAAGGACUUUGAGUUUGCCAAGAACGAGCUCCUCGCUGCCCAGAGGGCUAAACUGGAGGCUGAGAUUGAGGCGGCACGAUUUAAGGCGAAAGAGGAGAUGAUGCAGGGUAUCCAGGUGGCCAAAGAGAUGGCGCAGAAAGAGCUGAUCUCACAGAAGCAGGUCUACGAGGACCGAAUCAAAACUCUAGAGCAGGAACUGGAGGAGGAGACCCAGCGGAAGAGGAUGCAGGAGCUGGACAGUCAAAGAGUGGCCAGCAAGAUGGAGGAGCUCAAGACCGCCAAGUCCCACCUGGAGCUGGAAGUGAGCACCCACAAGAAACUGCUCCACAUGGAGGCGCGGGCCACCAGACAGGCCAUGGCAGACCAUGACAUAAGGCACGCCAAAAUCAUUGGAGCUCUGGAAGCUGAAAAGAGGAAGAUUGCGGAGGAUCUUGCCGAAAUCCAGGAGAAACGAGCCAUGAGGACAAAUAACGCUCUAAAAAUUGGCCUCAGUGGUGUUGGCUCAGGUCCAGCUCAGUCCUCAGCUCCACCACAGUGGGAUGCUAUGAAGUUGUCCCUGAUGAUUGAGGAGGCAAACGCCAUUGGCAAAAAGCUGAGGAAACACACCAUUUUCAGCAGGCUUGAAGUGUCUGCCCAGGGGAGUGGAGACGGGGAGCUACAGGUCCAGGUCCAGAACACCAAGCUGGGCAUCUCCACCUUCUGGAGCCUGGAGAAGUUCCAGAGCAGCCUGGCAGCCAUGAGAGAACUGGACCAGGGGGACCGAGCCUCCAAAGACGACGAUGUGUUUUACGACCCCAAUGAUGAGUGGGAACAAGAUAUAUCGGCCUCUUCCAGUGCCUCCUCCCUCUCUCGAAGGAGAAGUAGGAGUUUGCUGAAGAGCAGGAGGAUCUCUGGGCGGCUGUACGAGAUCCGGGUCCACCCCAUCCAGAGCUUGCACAGCCCGGCACCGCAGUCCACUGUGGGACUCAUGGGAAUGAACAAACCCCCGUCCCAUCUCUCCAGCAUCUCAGACUCCGCCCUGCCAGGCAUCAGCAAAGACAUGAUUGGUCAGGCGGUUGCCAGGUUACGUCAGUGUCACCCUAGCGACGACAGCGUGGCUGACAGGCUGACCUCUGACUUGCUGAGCAUCCAUGCUGUGGUGAAGUCCAUCACCACCCUCUACAAUCAGCUCGAUGAAGACAGCUCAGAGAAUCUGUUUGUGUGCAGUGUUGAGGCGCAGACCCAGCUGAUGAAGGGUACUCUGGCCAUGGAGAGGGCAGUGUCCACCACACUCAUUUGGGUUUCCAGCAUCAAGCCAUGCAAAGGCGCUGUCUUCCACACUGCUGAGGAACUCAAGACUGAAGUGAAGAAAAUGGGUGGCUACUUUCAGCUUCUCAUUCAGGGCUGUGACUCCGAAAUCACAUCCAUGGUGACCGAGGCCCAAAGUAAGAUGGACCGGUGUUUCAGCGCAGCUCUGGGCGUAACUGGCCACCUCUCGGCUCUCUCAGGGACAGAGAUGCAUGUGGUGGAGCUUGGCUCUGAUGCUGUGGGCAAGCGCCCCCCACUGGUCUCACUACUGGAUGGUACCUGUAGGGGCAUUCAUGGCCUUUUGGAGGAAGGACAAAACAUCAGCAAAGAGAUGCUGAGGGAAGCCCAACUGAUGUAUCCUAAAACCCAGCAUUUGCAGAGCCUCAAAACCAAAUCUCUGGACACAGCCCAGGCCCUUCAGAGCUACCUCUACUGCAGUAUUUCACAGGGACAGGACUCCUUAGAAAGAGCUGGAGACGAGGCCUCGGAUGUGGCGAGGUGCUUGUGUGAAGUGCGGACCUCAGCAGUCUCCCUCUUCCAGCUCAACCUGGCUCUGCGGCAGCUUCACUCGUCCCUGUCCCUCUCUUUCAGAGGAAAAGGUGAUGACGGCAGCAUUGUUGCCAUCCAGUCCUCUUCCAGGGUAAUUGAUGACAUCAUUAGUGGCCUGCCGAGGCAAGCUGGCAUUGGAACCGGUGGGGCAGGGCUGCAGCUCCCCUGCGUCCAGAGCAUCAUGGACGCCCGCGACGAUGUCCACGCAGCUCUGCGUUCAUUGGCGACUGCGUUUAAGAGUGGCAGGGCGAGAGCGCGGGACUCUACAGGCAGUGAGGGUAGCUCGAGGAGGUCAGUGGAGGAGUGUAACACAAGUGUGGGGAGUAACUCCUCCCUCGCCUCCCUACCACCCAGAAACAAGACUGUGCCUAAGAUAAUGUACAGCCUGGCAGGGCCUACGCCUGUUUCUAAGGAUGUCCAGUGGGUGUGAGCUGCUUUGACCUAGUGGGUCAAGGGCCAUUAGGAUACUUGGAUGCCUAUGUGUUUCUAUAUGAUCUAAUAGGAAAAAUGCUUAUUAACGGCUUACCUGUAUGCGAAUGGUCAGUUAUUUAAUUGCACUACUUUUUUUUCUUGAAUGGCACAGCUGUACACAUUUGUUUAGCCAUAUUUAGCUGAGAGUCAAAGAUUGCACUAUUUGCAUGAAGGACUGGGUACAAUUUUCUCCAUUGUAAAAUUUGGUUAAUUUUUAAUACUGAUAGAUAAAAUUAUAACAUUAUUAUUUUGCAUUGAAUUAAUUAAUUGAAUGUCGGUUAUAUGGUGCUGUGGAUAUUCUAUAACAUAACAAAUUGAAGACAUGUUUGUAUGAAAAUAUUUGUAUUUUUGCACUUGACCUAUUACACAGCCCAUACUUUUUUAACUCUACAAUACACCAUUCGGUUAUACUGUAAGAAAAAAAAUAAUGCCUUCCAUUUUGUAUGAAAACUCACUUUGUGCUGGCAAAUCAUGUAAUAUUGGUGUUUUGCUAUAUUAAAUGUAUAUGCAUGUGUUCUAUUAUA